CCACUAGCUUCGGGUCCCCGCCCCCACCCCCGCCUCAUCUUUCCCUCGGCCUCCCUGACUUGCCCGCUAGACGCCUCUGUGCCCCCUCCCCUCGCCUCGGCCCUUUCUCUUCCCAGCACUUCGGCAGGUUGGCUGCGGCGGUGGCUGCUGGGCCCCGCGUCGGCGACCCGAGCAGCCGCUGCAGGAUGAAGUGUAAGCCGAACCAGACGCGGACCUACGACCCGGAGGGGUUCAAAAAGCGGGCGGCAUGCCUGUGCUUCCGGAGCGAGCAGGAGGACGAAGUGCUGUUAGUGAGUAGCAGUCGGUAUCCAGACCGCUGGAUCGUGCCGGGCGGGGGCAUGGAGCCCGAGGAGGAGCCCGGCGGUGCGGCAGUGCGAGAGGUGUACGAAGAGGCGGGAGUCAAGGGGAAGUUAGGCCGGCUCCUGGGCGUAUUCGAACAGAACCAAGAUCGCAAACACAGAACGUAUGUGUAUGUACUGACGGUCACUGAGAUCCUGGAGGAUUGGGAAGAUUCGAUCAGCAUUGGGAGGAAGCGAGAGUGGUUCAAAAUCGAAGAUGCCAUCAAGGUUCUCCAGUGCCACAAACCAGUACAUGCCGAGUAUCUGGAAAAACUCAAGCUGGGCGGUUCUCCAACCAGUGGAAGCUCCUUGGCCCCUUUCCUGCCAGAUAGCGAUGCCUAGUAUGUACUGCUCCUGCACAGACUUCUGAUUUUCCACCUACCUGAAAAUAAUGAUGCCUGGAGCACCUCUGAUGCCAUGUGUGGCCUCACGGGGAGGAGGGAGGCUUCUUUUGUUUCGUUGGCAAACAUCUGAACCAUGCUUGCAAACUGUCUCAUUUGCCAGGCAGGGUUUUCAGACUAUUUGCACAUUCUUCAGAUGCUUUGAAAAUCCCUUCUUGGUAAGCUGAAGCUACGUGAGUUUUUUUUUUUUUUAAGGUGCCUUAAUUGCUCACCCAUCCCUUGGGUGUGUGUAUGUGCUUUUUUUUUCCACAUGUAUGUGUGCGAUUGUGCAUGAGCAUUUUUAGCACCAUGUCUUGUUUUUUUUUGUAGUAGAGGCCUUUAA